AUGGCACAGCCGCAGCCACAGCAGCCGCAGCCGCAACUGCCGACCCUGUUCGACCAAGUGAUGACCAUCCUGGAUUCGGUCUUCCCGCGCGCGGAGGGAUACAUCUACCUCCGGGGGUGGUCGACCAACACGUACGACGAGAACCAGGUCCUGAACGAGUUCGUCGAGAUUUCGACCCCCAGCUCCGGGACAUUCUUCACCAUGGUGGGGGACACCCGUCCGGGGGUGCCGGAGGAGACCGGGCCGGGGCGCAAGCGCUUCUUGCACCUCCAGAGUCUGGCUCCGGCCACGGCGGGGCGGACCCUGGAUUUCAAGGGCAUUGUGCUCGUCAACCGCCAGUGUCGGCUCUACGCCAUGUACCGCGACCGUGAGCCGAAGCGCCUGGCCGCCGACCCCUUGGCCCUGCACGCCCCUGUCAAUGGCCGCUGGCAGGGGCACGCGUACAGUGUUGCGCUGGAAUCUGCUCAGAUCACGCACCUCUUGACACAAUUUAAGCACCGGUGCCGCCGGAACCCGCUUUGGAUCCCGCCUCCUGGAGCUCAGUUUCAGUGA